CGCUCUCCUCCCAUUUUAUACUUCUUGCAGGCGACCCACCCGACUCGACGCAAAGCAAACGCAAAAACUGCUGCGGUGAGCCGACCGAUCCGCCAACAAACAGAUUUUAAAAACUGCACGAAAAGUACUUUACGUCUUGAACCCAUACACAUACUUUUUGGAUAUCUACAUCUCUGUUGUCCAAGAUGUCAAAAGGUUACAAAUCUGUGCCUUACAACGAACUGUGCCGCUUGUGCUCCCAAAUAACAACUAAACGCUUUGACAUUUUUGGCGAGGAGUGCCGAAUACGUGGUCUGGCCAAGAGCAUUAAGAAGCUAUUGUGCAUCAAUGUUUCCGAGAUCGACCCCCUGCCAAAGACCAUUUGUUCAUUCUGCCUGAACAGGGUGGAGGAUUUCAAGGAGUUUCAUGCCAAUUGCCUCAGCGUCACUCAAUAUCUGCAAAUGAAACUAUCAUCAGUGGAAAAAGGCAGAUGCUAUGUCAGCAUUAACAGACCCCAGCGUCCAGCCUCUUUGAAAAGAAAAUUCACCAGAUAUCUGAAGGCACCAAUAGAGACAAGUUCCAUCCCAGUUUUGUCAGCAGAUGCCACAGAGGAGGAGGAAGUUGAAGUGCGUGAAUAUGAAGAGUGCAUCCUACAGCCUGCAGUACCAUCCAGCAAUAAUUACAACAAUGAAAUUUUGAAAUUGUUUGAAGACACGGUGGACACUGAUUAUUUUAUCCAGGACCAUGACUACAUGUCGAUUGAUCCGUCCAUUAGGGAGCUUCUUGGACAGGAGAUGACCAAGAAGCAGAGAGUGAACCGAGACCAUGACUACUUUUAUGAAAAUCAAGUAAUCUCGAACGUUGCCCAUCAGGAAUUACUAGAUCACAAUUACUUCACGUCUUUGGGCCAUUUUGAAGAUAACUUUGUAAAUCUUCUGACCACAGUGGAGGAAGGGAAAUUUGAAAAAUUCAUAGAGCACAAUUAUUUUCUACCAUCAAGCUCACAUAGUAAAAAUUCUCUUGUUGCUGUAAAAUCAAUUGAAGUUGAAAAUCAUGAAAACAAUGAGGAAGACGCUGCAUUACUUGUGGAUCAGCAGUGUGAGAUGUGCGGAACUGUUUUUGUGAAUUUGAAAGGUCACAUAUGUUUGGCCGAUUUUGAGCAGCAGUGUGAAAAAUGUGGGAUCAUAUUUGUGACAAAACAAAAUUUUACAAACCAUUUGUGCUCGACUUCUGAUUUUGAUACAAGCGAGGUGGUCAAUAACAUAGUGCAAUGCGCUGAGUGUGGAGGGCUGUACAGAGAGAUGAACAAUCACAACUGUCUGGCUGAUUUUGACCGGCUGUGCCACAAGUGUGGGCUGGUGUUUGGGACUUCAAGGUUGUACCAUUAUCACAGUUGUUUUGUGAAAGUAAAUAGAACUUGUGAUUAUUGCCAAAAAACAUUGAAGUCGAAGAGGAAAUUCAAGGCUCAUAUCCUGACUCACUUGCAAAAUAUGCAGCGGGCAAAGAGCCCAUUCACUUGCAAAAUUUGCUGCGCUUCGUUCAGACGUCUUGCCUUCUUUCAACAGCACCUCCAAAAGCAUGACACAGCCCAAAAUUUAGAGCGUGGGCUCAAACUGAAUCAAUUAAAACUAAAUUUUGAAAUUUCUUCUGAGCCUAUAGGCAGCAACAUCAGGUACAAAUGUGACCAGUGUGAUAAGCGGUUUGUGAGAAACUCUAAUCUUGCCCUUCAUAGGCGUCUCCAUUCCAAAGCCUAUUCAAAAUUCACGUGUGAAGUUUGCAGUGCUAAAUUUCUCAAACAGACUGAUUAUUGCAAGCAUGUGUCAAAUCACUUGAUAAAUUAUAAUUUUCCAUGUGAUGAGUGUCCAAAAGGAUUUCAAUUUCAAAAAGAGCUACACAAUCACAAAGUGCGUCACUGUGCAAAUAAAAAAAUGCAAUUGAUGCUUAACGCACGAAAGAAAAAUAGCUUGGAAUAAAAAUUAAAAAACUUGUUAAAUAAACCAUGAUUCAAGAUUA